AACUUUUCUAAAUUUUUCCUGUAUUUAUUUCAAAAAUUGUGAUUUCGUUUAACGGUAAGGCACAGAGAGACAGACCAGACUAGGUUAUUUUGCAUCUAUAAUAUUACAAAUAUUACAAUAAGGGAUAUACAUAUAAUGUACCUAAUGGGACUAUUACGACGCUAAUAGCCAGCUAGGCAGCAAACAUUGAAGAGUAGUUUACAAAAACAAAGUGGGUUCAGACCAGACCAAACUGGUUGACAUCUUAAAUCAGUAGAAAUGUUUGUUUGUAAGUGUCAACCACUUUACUUUGAUACUUAAAUACACAAUUAACUGCAACACACACUGCGAAAUUAACUAUUUGAUAAGUUACCUGUAAUUUUCCUAAGUAAUCAUUGGUAAUAAUAAUCAACUCUUAUUAGAGAAUGUAUCAUUACACCAUUAUGUUUGAUACACUUAUCGGUAAUUUCCUAACAAUUUUCUUACCAGUAGUAAAAUAUCAUUUUAAAAUUAGCCUCAGACGUUUACAGUCUUAUCAAUAAUGGUUAAAAACAAAAUAAAUAUCGAAGAUCUGUAUUUGAGCAGGGCAAAAUUUGUUAUGUCCUUUUUAGUUUGGAUGCCCCCUCCAAAUGAGUCUAUUUUUCAAAAAUACUUUAGGUUUUUCAUGCUGUCCUUGCAAUAUACUUUUCUUCUAUUCCAAGUGAUAUAUAUAUGUCAAGUACUGGGGGACCUCGAGGAGAUCUCUCAAUCGUCGUUUAUGCUCCUCACCCAUGCUUGUCUGUGUUGUAAGAUUACUGUGUUUCACGGUAAUAUAGAAUAUUUCAGGGAACUCCUGGCUCAGAUGAAUUCUGAAAUUUUUAUGCCUCAAACUGAGGGGCACGAUAAAAUCUUGAAACUGCAGGCGUCGAGGAUCAAGAGACUACUGAUGGGCUUUAUGGUUAGCUCUCAGACUACUAUUAUCCUGUUCGCUAUUAGAGCACUGUUCGAUGAUGCUAAUAGAUAUUUUCCGUUUAAAAUGUGGAUGCCGGUCAGUCCAGACCACUCGCCGCAGUACGAGCUCGGCUUCCUGUUCCAAUUUAUAACCCUCUCCAUGAGCGCGUUCAUGUACUUCGGCGUGGACAGUGUCUGUCUUUCCAUGGUCAUCUUUGGGUGUGCGGAGAUUGACAUUAUUAAGGAGAAGAUUAUGAACGUUAAACCAAUAGCAGAACGACUUGUCAACCGGUCCAUUACCACCAAGAACGUUUUGGAUGAGCACUACAAAGUUUUGAUCGAGUGUGUGGCGCAACACCAAGCCAUAGUCAAGUUUGUUAAUCAGGUGGAAGACACGUUCCAUUUGUACUUGCUCUUCCAGCUCAGCGCUGGUGUCGGGUUGAUCUGCAUGUCGGCUUUACGCAUAGUUGUGGUGGACUGGAAGACUAUCCAGUUCAUGUCACUGAUGAUGUACAUUGUGGUGAUGAUCAGCCAGCUGUUCCUCUGUUGCUGGAGCGGCCACGAGCUUACUGCAACCAGCUUGGAGCUCCAUACGGUGGUGUACGAAUGCUGCUGGUACGAGCAAGACGUCCGCUUCAAGCGCGCGCUGUUGUUCACGAUGCUGCACCUGGGCCGGCCGAUGGAGUUCCGAGCCGGCGGCUACGUCACGCUGUCCAGGCAGACCUUCGUUGCGAUUCUACGCAUGUCCUAUUCGUAUUUUGCUGUAUUACAGCAAACUAACAGUCGAAACGAAGCUUUAGAAUUAGAAAACUAAACUAGAUACAAACUCGAGCUAUUCGUACUUAAAAAAUAGUUACACAUUUAGCAGCAACAAGCAGUUUUCAUAAUGCAAGUUUACAUUAAAUACACGUUAAGUGAAAUCAAAGUUAUUAAACUCAUAAAUUGUCUCUCGCUUAGCAAUUUAUUCGUCGUUUUGUAUAUUGCUAUUACAACUAUUAGAACUGUGCUUACAAUUAUCAAUCUUUGUCAAUUUAAUUGCAAUAAGCGGGGUAGCUAAUUCGCACCUUGGAGUUGUAAACAAAUCGAAUUACAGUUAGAAGUUUUGAAUCAAGUUUCAAAGUUUGCUCGUAGGUAAGAAUACAGUAUGUUAUUAUUAUUUUUAUUUUUAUUAUUACAUGAAAUAAACUUAUAAUCUAAUACAGUUCCCUGCAAAACUGUUUGCACAGUUUGACUGCAGGCGCGAGUCUCUGUUAUAAGUACUUAUAUACAUAAUCAAUGUAACAUAUUAUUAAUUAAAACUAACACCAUAAAUAUAACUCACUUCACUUGAGUGACAUUUGCAGGCACAGGCAUACAAUUGUCACCCAAGUGUUUCCAUUAGGUGCAGCUUUAGUGUUUUUUUAAAUUUAAUUUUAUUGGGCUCAAGUCUGAUAUUUUCAGGCAGACUAUUUAAAAAUACGGCAAUCUUUUUCUUAAUGUUCUAUCUCCCUAAUAGUUGGUAACGCGGGGUAUUUCAUAUUUUUGCACAGCCACUGAUCUUGUAUUAUGUUUAUGUUCUAAUCGUGUCGAGUUAUGCACCUUAUUGCUGUGGUUGUUAACAGCUAAGAGGUGUUGUGUGCCGAGCUAAUAUAUCUAAAACGGAGAUGUUACAAUUACCUACAGGCAACUUGGUUUAAAAAAAAAAUUAUACUUAUACUUAACCUAUUUCAAUAAUUUUAUCGUAUGAUGAUAAUGGUAAACUGCAUAUUAACUAU